GUGCACCAAAACGUUGCAGUUGAAAGAACGCCGUAGCCCCGCAAACACGCAUGCGCGAAACUGGUGCUAUGGAAACUACAGUACUCGCAAACAGAUGCGCGUUAUUUGGAGGUAGAGCUCGCUGCUGCAAAAAAUGGCAAGUUCUUCACUCUAGACUUCAGUUCAAGGAAAAUUACUUAGUUAAACCCUCUAAUCUAGCCUCCCAAACUGAGCAAAGCGGAGCGAGAGAAGUUGAAACGAGAAGAGGCCGAGAGAAAAGCCAGGGAAGAAGAGGAGAGACGAGCUCGUGAAGAAGAGGAAGAGAGACAACGGCAGGAGAAGGAGAGGAUAGAGAGAGAGGAAGCAGCCAGGAAGAAGGCUUUGCAAGAUGCUAGGAUAGCCGAAGAAACCCUGAAAGUGAAAGCCUUACAAACCAAGUGGAGUGAAAAUCUGGUGACGUGGAAAAAAGAGCAGACAGCCAAGAAAGAGUGGGAGCACUACCUGUCUUGCAGCCAGCUGCCUCUGGUGAUAGACGAAAAAGCCCUCAACUCAUGGAUAUCUGACUACAGAGACUCCUCUGUUUCAGGAAUAUCCCCCUGCCUAGAAGACAUCAGGAACUGCCUCACUUUGUGUGAUGAAGUGAGGAAAGUUCUGGAAGGAGAUGGAUAUCCCACUGCCCCAGAAGACAAGAUGGACUACUAUCGAAAUACCAUUCAGUUGAUGCAGUCGGUGAUGCUGUCGAAGCUGUCAAUUCUCACCCACAAAUGCAGCCUUGACGCAGAGUCCCACAUCAGCUCGGAGACCUACAACAUGACAGUUGAGAUGUCUCUGCCGAGAGAAAUGGUGCUCUGCCUUUGGGGCAACGUGGCCAAAAACCCAAGGUUGAAAGAUUUCUCCUUCAAAGAGCGCUCUUUCACCCUGGAGCUUCCGAAGCCCCUUAUUCUGGCCAACAUACUGGUCUCUGUACUUUAUCCUCCAUUUGACAACCUAACACCACUGGCAAGGAGUUAUACCCCACAGACAGAUAAAACUGCUUCGGAUGGUGAAGGUCAAGUGGAUGUAGGUCCAGAGAAUGGUGAAAAAGAGGUAGAGGGAGGGGAGGAGGCGAGAGAAGGGGGAGGGGAAGCAGAACGGGAGGGAGAGGCAGACGUCACUUCUCAACCGAAAAACCCAAACCCAACCGAACAAACUGCAGAUGAAGAGAAAGGCAAGGACACACAAACACUGUGCAAGGCAAAUAGAGAGACCGAGCCAGAAGGAACCGAGCAGGAGGAGGCAAGGGAAGCAGAGGCUGAAGCAGAGGGGAGAUAUUCCGAGGAAGACGAGGUUAACCUGCGGCGAUACUGUCCUGCAGGUGGACCCAUAAUCCUAACUCUGCUAGAGCUACCACCUCCACCAAAGAAUGCUGGGCAGUGGACCAUCAGAAGAGUUAUUCCUGAUGGUCCUCAGACAUUUGUCUACCCUCAAGAGCUGUCUAGAAAAAUUGAACAGGUUGCACCCAACCAAUCAGCUGAGAGUGUUGAAGGGGGCAGAGUGACCACGCCCCCUGCUAUUGUCCCCGGGUGCACCCAGUGGCCGCCCCUCAAAAUCACUAUGAGUCUUCCAGCACCAUUUCACUUCCCAUCUGAGCCACUGUUGGCUCAGUGGGACAACAAACUCAACAUAUGGAGGACGGAAAGGGUUAAAGACGUCAGCUUCGACAUGGUGGAGAAUACGGUGACCUUUCAAACGUACUACUUUUCACCACUCGCCAUUAUGACCGAUCAGUACGCCAACAUGCCAUACAAAAGGUGGGAGGUAGUCCCAGAAGGGUUAAACCACACCCGGCUGACACUGGCAGGAGCAUUGGUUCACCUUGUCAUCGAUAUAAAGGACAGGGAGUGUACUCUUCUAGAACCUUCUGAGGAUUCCCCAGUCUCUCAUCUCAUAGGCCAACCCAUGACGGCCUGCCAACUUUUGCCUAGACUCAAGAAGUGUGGGAUCAAUUUCGACCCUGAGCCUGACGGACACAAAUACUGCUCCGUCAGUGACAAAAAUCAAGAAGUUGAGGUGUCAGUCUACCGCCAUAUCUCAAUGGCAGUCGCCUCAUUCAAGUUCGGUUCGAGCCAUUGGAACAGUCAGAGCGGACAUGGAAAUUUCAUACUAAAAUGUGCAAGGGUCAAUUACGCGGAGGAUCCCAGCUAUUUGUAUGUGUGUGGUGAAAGCAACUGGAGGUUGGCACUAACUGAAGAUAGUGCAAACUUUGCCACAGACAAGGCAGAAGGCUGCGAGCCUCACGGUGAUAUCUAUUCGACUCUGUUGGCUGAGUCUACUGCAGAGAUACUGCCUGCCCACUCCCCUCCCCACAUGGACACACUGUACUACUUGCUUUCUCACUCUAGACCACUCUCAUACACAGCUUAGUAAUAAUGCAGCCAAAAAACUACGCAUGCGUAGGAUUAUGUGAAUUUAACGCAUGCGCAUACUGUCGCUUGGCAACCGACUUCAAACAAAAUGGCGGACUGUCGUACCCAGUAGAUUAUUUACGCAGCGACUUUUCGACUCAACGUUUCAGGGACAAGAGGAAUGGCUGCAAUACCGCUAGAUAUUGCGAGUGCGUUUGACGCAGAGACCCCGAGAUGGGGCUACCGAUCGCCAACGCGGAGAACAAGGAGCUGCAGGCGGACGUGCAGCGGAAGGAGCGGGAGGUAGCGGAGCUACAGCGUCAGGCCGAGCACCUCAGAGACCGCGUGCAGGCCAUGGGAGACCACCUGAAGAACGUACAACAAGAGCUACAGCAGACGCAGGGGCUCUACGAGGCAAGAAAGAAGGAUGUGGGGACUGAGCAUCAUUUGAGACAAGUUUCCGAGCGAGAGAGUGGGCGGUUGAAAGACGAGAUGAAACGUUUCGAUCUCGAUCGAAUGGACCUAAAAGAAAAGAUGAACGUCUACGAGAACACAGUUUUUAAAACAAACAAGAAAAUUGAAGAGAUCAAGGCAAAAAUGAAGUGGGACCACCAGACUCUUGAGAGUUGGCUGGAAGAAUCGGCUCACAGAGAUGACGAUGCAAUGAUCUUGGCCAAGUACUCAUGUGUGGACGAAGACAAGAUCAAGGCACUCAGCCUUCGUCUGGAGCAACUGCAGGAGACAGCCGUGAGAAAGAACCGGCUUCUGGACACUGAGUCCACUGAGACAGUGGCAGCUCAGAUUGAGUUGGACAAUACAGCAAUGGCAUUUCGACAGGCUCACACGAGAGAGAGGAGCUGAUUCAGCAAUGGGAACACACCAUCGACCAGAUGAAGAGACGUGACGCCGACAUGGACAGAUGUGCAACCGAGUUGGCUCAGUUGAGGGCAGAAAUACGAACUAAGAAUGAUGCCAUUAGAGAGAAGCAGGAAUUUCUGGAUGGUGAGAAGAGAAACAACGAGGAGAAGGAGAAGUCGCUGGGAGUGAUGGAGAGAAAAGUGGCAAAGACAAGACUCACCUACCAGGAGUCAGAGUCCGGCAGGCUUGCAUUCAAGAAUGAGCUGGAAACAUUGAAGUAUUCGGUGGAUAGAGCUGGCUCAGAUCUGGAGAAGGUUCGCUACGAGAGUAGCCACCUCACUCGACAGAUCAAAGACAGCCGCAGAAAACAUGAAACAGUCCAGAGGCAGCGAGAGCUGAUGCAAGAGGAGCUAAAGAGAUCGACACAGAAGGUUCUAUCGGCUGAAGAGAGAGCUCAAGAAAUCGACAGCCGGCUGACCGAGGAAGAAGAGCACCUUCAGCAGCUCGAGAAAGACAUUGCCAAAAUGAGAGAAAAACAGUUCAAGGCAGCCCAGGAGAUGUUUGAGCUGAAGGGCAAGGAGAUGAACAUGCUGGCAGACAUACAGGGAGGCCGAGCAACGCACAGGAACCUGAGCUCCAAACAGAACAAGCUCGACGAGGAGACACUGAAGCAACAGGAGAUACUCUACACACAGGACCUCCAGCUUCAGCAACUGCAACGAAAAAUGAGCAGACUCGAUGGCGAGCGAACAGACGACGAGAAAGUUGCUCUAAAUGCCAGAAUAAAGGAGCUGGAAGAAGAGUGGGUGAGACAGCAGGGGGACGAGUCCAUGUUAUCAGGACAGCUGAAGAGACUUCAGGACGACCUGCGGAGAGUCAACACCACACUGGAGCAGGGACAGAAAGAGAAGGCCUCACUCGACGAGAAGAUCGAUGACAUCAAUCUACACAUUGACACCACGCAGAGGGAGCUGAGGAGAUUGGUAGCAGCCAAGGAGGAUCAAAUGGUUAACGAGAACAUUGUGAAACUUGAAGUCAGGAGGUUGAGGGACACCCUUUUCUCCCAUGCUGGUGAAGUACAUUCACUCGAGAGGAGACAACUAGAGCUACAAACGGCAAUGACCGAGCGUAAUAGGGAGGUUGGACAGCACAAGGCAAUGCUCAGGGCACAGUGUAAGGCUCUGGAAGCAGAAAGACAAGCGACCAGCUCUGAGGUUCACGAGCGCAUAUCAAAGAUUGACAAGCUUCGCAAACGUUAUGAGAUCAUCACAGUUGCCAUGAUGCCACCAGAAGGAGAAGAAGAACACUCGCAAGCCUAUUACGUCAUCAAGGCUGCACAGGAACGCGAGGAACUGCAGAGAAAAGGGGAUGACUACGAUAGUAAGAUCAGGAAAGCUGAGAAAGAAAUACGGGCAAUGGAGAACACUCUUCAAGUGAUGAAUGGCAAGAACGAAAAGUUUCGCCAUACUCUACAAAGAGCCGAUGCUUCGAGUGAAGAAGCUGAUAAAGUGGAGACGUUGGAGGGACAGUGGAGGGCAGCUCUUAACAAGCAGAGACACAAGAAGAAGCAGGUGCAACAGCUUCAGGAGGAUAUGCAGGCAAUGCAAAGGAGACUAGGGAGUCUGGAGUCCGAGCGGACUGGUCUGGAGACACGCCUGGAUGAGCGGCAAGCUACGAUGACCUCGCUCCAGAAAGAAUUGACUGACUUGAAAGCCAAGAGAGAACGGAUCAACAAACAGAUGGCUAAAGUGAUGCGGGAGUUGAGGGCAAAGAAAGGCUCUGCUGCUUCUGAGAUUGAGCAAGAUGUGGCCGUGAGAGAGUUGCAGGAGUUUGGGCAGUCAAUGGUGCAGAGGGUGGGAAACCUGGCGACCAAACACCCUGAGCUACAGCCAACUCUACAGCUACUCUUCUCACAGGCCAGUCUUCCUCCACCCCCCUCACCUGGCUCCAGUCGCAGUAGCUCAGUCCUCUCCUCAGCCAGAAGUUCCACCAGUAACAUUGGCUCCAGGGGUGGGUCUUCAAGAGGGUUUGCAGCGUCGUCCACUCCACUAGCUACCAAAUCCAUAGAGUUGGAUGCUACAGUUCUAGCCACUAGCGGAUCUCCUACACCAGGAGCUGGCAUGUCACCUCGUGGGUCUGUGACUGGCAGUAGAGCCAGCUCAAAGGCCAGCUCACGCGCGUCGUCGCUGGCAAGCUCACGAGCAUCUUCCAGAGCAAGUAGUGCAGCCAGCACUGCAAGAAGACCCAAAUGACACAACAUCUGCGAUCCCAUACAAACACUAUACAGCAGCACUAAGGCACACAAACACAGCUGACAUUAUACUUUUACCCUAUGUCCAAACUGCACUACUAUUAAGGUGUGUGUGUGUGUGCAUCAGGGGCUCUACCAGUCAGUUUGUAUGGACAAAUGUCCGAAUAAAGUCACAGAUGCCAGACUGGUGAUUCUGGGUCAGAAACUGCAAGUAAACCUGUUUGAAACGGGUUUCUUGCCAGAUAGCUGAAGGUGACAACUGGUCAAGCUUGUUAGCAUCUUGAGUCUACGUAAGAAACUGUAGAGUGAGGCCAACCAGUGCUGGAUGGUGCACCAGAUUCAGUCGCUUGUGAGGCUGAGUGAUGGCACACAUUUGAAGCUCCUCUCUGGGCAGGUCGAAAGCCAGUGUUGGGUAUUCACUGUUCUUAGAGGUCUUCUUAAAGAUCAUGUUUCGCCAGAGAGCAUUGCAGAAAUCCAGCACUACGCUAUUGAAGGUUUGGGUGAGCUUGAGGCUUCUCUGGUUCUUACUCAAUGCAGACAGAUUUUCUUUGACUCUGACAAGGUGGGAGCAGGCAGUAGAUAUGAAGAUGGGGGAGUGUCCCAGUAGCCCAGUAAUGAGAACUGAGGUUGAGGGCAGUAAGAGAUGUGGGACAUCAUACACUCCUGGUAGAUCAGCAACCACACUGUAGAACUCCAUGGCUGCAUGAUACAGAAGAACAUGCCGCUUCUCUUGCUCCAAUCCGAUCGUGACGAGGUAAUCCACAUACUUGAUGAACAGAUUUAUAGUGGUGAGGGGGUUAAAAUCAUCAACUUCUUCGUCAGUAACAGGCGAGAACAGCAAAAACCUGUGUGUGUCCGUUUCUACCGGUCCUGGUUGCUGUUUCUGAUGUCUUGGCCACUCGAAUGCAGCCAUGUUUUUCAGCAGUCGAGAAAAACAACUCAAACACUGACACUGGAAAUCUCUGUCUUUUAAAACAAAGUGCUUCUUUAUAGGUUCCAGGAACCCUUUCU